UUUUCAGCGGACUACAAGAUGCAAAUUGGAUUAAAUCACUACAUUAACUUUCAGAGAGGUCGAAUAUUUGAGGCCACUGGUCGAUUGGACGAGGCGAAAGCCAUGUAUGAAAGUGCCAUUUCCAUCAACCCAUCCCAUGUGAAAUCGCUUUACGGACUUGCUAGCACUCUAAAACAAAGUGAGCAGUACAUUCUAGCCGAACAAGCCUUGCGAGACGCCCUAGCGAUUGAUUCAACCAACUCUCGCGUUUGGAGGCUUCUGGGUGAAGUCUUAUCCAGUGCUGAAACUUCAAACGACCCUGCAUCGAAAGCUAUCGCCACUACGGCCCUUCUGAGCGCCAUCGAACUAGAACAAACAGAACCUCUGGAGUCAUUUUACACCCUACGUUUGGGUGUUUACUGCAGUUGA